CCGGAAGUAGCGCUUGGCAUUUGGCAUGCGCAUAAUACAGGGGAAGACCAGCGUUUAGCCGACGGCAUUAAAUUGUAAACAUUAGCAACCUGGGCAACUACUUUCUGUCUUUGGAAUGGAAAUAUAAGAUCAACCCAAGGCGUGGGACCAGACGUUGUUCUUCAGUGCAUGGACGCAAAGCCAAUGCGCAGGGUUACCAGCGCACGCCAAGACGCCACUGGAAUGGACAUCACCAGCCGCUGUACUCUGGGGGACCCCAACAAGCUCCCUGAAGGGGUCCCCCAGCCUGCACGCAUGCCCUAUGUCUCGGACAAACACCCCCGACAGACCCUGGAGGUGAUCAACCUGCUGAGAAAACACCGUGAGCUCUGUGACGUGGUGCUAGUGGUGGGUGCCAAGAAGAUCUACGCUCACCGUGUGAUUCUGUCGGCCUGCAGCCCCUACUUCAGGGCGAUGUUCACUGGAGAGCUGGCUGAGAGUAGGCAGACAGAAGUGGUUAUCCGCGACAUCGAUGAGAGAGCCAUGGAGCUGCUCAUUGAUUUUGCCUACACAUCCCAGGUGACAGUAGAGGAGGGAAAUGUCCAGACGCUGCUCCCUGCGGCCUGCCUUCUCCAGCUGGCUGAGAUCCAGGAGGCCUGCUGCGAGUUCCUCAAGAGGCAGCUGGAUCCCUCCAACUGUCUGGGCAUCAGGGCCUUUGCAGACACGCACUCCUGCCGCGAGCUGCUCCGCAUUGCAGACAAGUUCACCCAACACAACUUCCAGGAGGUAAUGGAAAGUGAGGAGUUCAUGCUGCUGCCUGCCAACCAGUUGAUCGACAUCAUUUCCAGCGAUGAGCUCAAUGUGCGGAGCGAGGAACAGGUGUUUAACGCUGUGAUGGCCUGGGUGAAAUACAGCAUCCAGGAACGCAGACCACAGCUACCCCAGGUCCUGCAGCAUGUCCGUCUGCCGCUGCUCAGCCCCAAGUUCCUGGUGGGCACCGUUGGGUCCGACCCUCUUAUUAAGAGUGACGAGGAGUGCAGAGACCUGGUUGAUGAGGCGAAGAAUUACCUGCUGCUGCCGCAGGAGAGGCCACUGAUGCAGGGCCCCAGAACCCGGCCGAGGAAACCCAUCCGCUGUGGAGAGGUACUCUUUGCAGUUGGGGGUUGGUGCAGCGGUGACGCCAUUUCCAGCGUGGAGCGUUACGAUCCCCAGACCAACGAGUGGCGGAUGGUGGCGUCGAUGAGUAAACGGCGAUGUGGCGUCGGCGUCAGUGUUCUGGAUGACUUGCUGUAUGCGGUGGGAGGUCACGACGGCUCGUCGUACCUCAACUCUGUGGAGAGAUAUGACCCUAAGACCAAUCAGUGGAGCAGUGAUGUGGCCCCCACUAGCACUUGUCGCACCAGUGUAGGAGUGGCUGUCCUCGGUGGUUAUCUGUAUGCUGUCGGGGGACAGGAUGGGGUUUCCUGUCUCAACAUUGUUGAAAGGUAUGAUCCCAAGGAGAACAAAUGGACUCGUGUGGCCUCCAUGAGCACCAGGCGACUGGGUGUAGCUGUGGCUGUGCUGGGGGGCUUCCUGUACGCUGUAGGAGGGUCUGAUGGGACGUCACCAUUAAAUACAGUGGAACGCUACAACCCUCAAGAGAACCGCUGGCACACAGUGUCUCCGAUGGGAACCAGGAGAAAGCACCUCGGCUGUGCCGUCUACCAGGACAUGAUUUACUCUGUCGGGGGGAGAGACGACACCACAGAGCUGAGCAGCGCUGAGCGAUACAACCCCAGGACAAACCAGUGGUCUCCUGUAGUUGCCAUGACGUCCAGACGGAGCGGGGUGGGCUUGGCUGUAGUAAAUGGUCAGCUGAUGGCAGUGGGAGGCUUCGAUGGGACGACGUAUCUUAAAACUAUAGAAGUCUACGACCCUGAUGCCAACACAUGGAGGUUAUACGGAGGAAUGAACUACCGCCGGCUAGGUGGGGGGGUGGGCGUCAUUAAAAUGACUCACUGUGAAUCCCACAUAUGGUAACACCAAUUCCCCCCCCACCCCAACCCCCUCACACACUUCUCAUCACGUUGCAAUGGAUGCCUCUUCACCAACUCUUGUGCCUCCAAAAGAGACGCUGUAAUUCAUGCGAGCAUGAGAAAAACACGCGGGGACACAAGGCGGAAGGAGGAAACGUUGAACACUAGCUCAUCCCCACCCCCCCUGUGAGGACAUUACCGUUUGGAAUACCCUGGUUGUCCUCACUGAUUGACCACGGUCUCCACGAAGUGCACUGAGAGCAGAGGUCUACUAAUGACCUCACCAAGUUUUCACCAUCCAAGCCUCUCGUGUCUGGGACAUUUGAUUCGGCGUGUGUAAUGGAACUCAACUUGACCAUACUGCUGCUAAGGGAGAUCAUCUUACAUUAAUUGGAAGAUGCUUUUUUCAGUCUGUGCAACUGUGAAAGCUUCUAUCACCUUCCCUUGUGUUAAAAUGCCAGACCCCCAAAUUCUGGUUACUGACCACCAAUGACC